AUGUCAGGAUCAGGUGCUUCAGGAAACAAAUUCCGUAUGUCAUUAGCUUUACCAGUUGGUGCUAUUAUGAAUUGUGCUGAUAAUUCAGGUGCAAGAAAUUUAUAUGUUUUAGCAGUUAAAGGAGUUGGUGCAAGAUUAAAUAGAUUACCAGCUGCUUCAGCAGGUGAUAUGGUUAUGGCAACUGUCAAAAAAGGUAAACCAGAAUUAAGAAAAAAAGUUAUGCCAGCUAUUGUUAUAAGACAAUCAAAACCAUGGAGAAGAAGAGAUGGUGUUUAUUUAUAUUUUGAAGAUAAUGCUGGUGUUAUUGUUAAUCCAAAAGGUGAAAUGAAAGGUUCUGCUAUUACUGGACCUGUUGCUAAAGAAUGUGCUGAUUUAUGGCCUCGUAUAGCUUCAAACUCUGGUGUUGUUGUUUAA